AUGGCAUAUCAUCCUAACAUCAGUGAAAAUGAUCUUAUCGACAACAGUACCGAAGGUCGAUCAUUGGGACGUUCUUCUUCAUAUGAUGACGUAUUAUUUAUAAUGUAUGGCGUCAUCGUGCCACUUGUGGUGGUCUUCGGCUACGUGGGUAACAUUAUGACGGCAGUGGUUUUAAGGAAGCAGACCAUGUCGCCCAUUGCUUACCUGUUUCUGCAGGCACUGGUGUUGUCGGAUAUCUUCUUCAUAACCUGUGCCUUCAUGGCACUCUCUAUGCCUGUGUUAUUGGGUGUAUGGGUGGACCUUGAUUUCGGUCUGAAUGUUUUUAACACCCUUGGGUAUACCACAAUAAACUACCUCCUUAUGACGUCACAGUUAUGCAACGAAUAUAUCCUAGUUUUAGUAUCAAUUGACAGGUAUGUAUGUGUGUGUCACCCAAUGACACAUGCUCAACUCUUCACAAAGUUUAGAGUGCUAGUGUCCAUUGUAGGAGUUUUGUGUUUUUCGACGAUUUACAAUAUCCCUCGAAUAGUGGCAGUAAAAAUAAAAGAGUCCCCCUGUUUAGACAGCAGAAGAACCUGUUACUCUGUUUAUCUGUCCGAGAUCGGAGAGAGCUUCUUGUACCAGAAAAUGUAUGCUGUAUGGAUAUAUGCCGUGAUCAAUUUUGUGAUCCCUAUUUUAGUUCUGUUUCUACUUAACAUUCUCGUCGUUAGAAAACUAAUGAGAAAACAAUUCAAGCGCAGACGACUCGGACUAAGGAAAAAUUCAGCCAAAGACCGCGUCACCAUUACACUUGUACUUAUUAUGACAAUUUUCGCCCUGAUACAGACUCUUGGAUUUAUUAAUCAGAUUCAUUAUGUGUAUAUGUUUGACGAUAGUCAUGAUCACACGAGAACAUACUUAGUUGAUGUUGUGAACGUGUUAUACGUUGUCAAUUCAAGCAUCAAUUUCAUUAUCUAUAUAGCUGUUGGGAAAACAUUCCGAGCAAAUUUUUCACAACUUAUUCCAUUUCGAUGCAUUGGUAAUUAA